AAAAAAAAAAAAAAAAUUAUAUACAGAGGAAGCCCAAAGCGUCGUCCUUAAAAACAGACAAAAGGGACACAGAGAAAUAGAAGGAGAGAGUAAAAAGAAAAAGAGAAUUUUGUUUUGUGGGUUUUUUUUUUUUUCUUUUUUUUUUUUUCCUCUUCUUCUCUCCCUCUCUUUCUAGAUCACCCCUGUUUUUUCUGCAUUUCUCAACCUUUUAUCUCUGUUUUUUUAUUCUCUGAGAAAGAGGCUUUGAAUCAGAAAACCCAAAAAAUAAGUAUCAGAAAUGGUUAAAGAAAGAGUGGAGAAGAAGAUGUCUGUGAAGUUCGUAUGGAGCUAUGCGGCGGAGCUUAAGCUCUUAUUGACAGCUUUGCUCAUUCUCUGCAGUUUAGCCACCCUCCUCCAGUUCCUUCCUUCACGUUUCACCAUCUCCACCUCUGAUCUCCGUGUCUGUAUUUCCAGAGUAGUUUCCCAAAACUCCUCCCAAACCCAGAACCAGACACUUCUUCUGGCUUUGGCGGCGGCUGCCCCACCGCCUCUCCCUCCUCCGCCGAUCCCAUCUCCCCCGUCCGUCGCGGUCGACAAAGAUCGACUCCUUCCCAAUGGCGCUCUCAAGCGCGUUUUCAACCCUUACGGUUCCGCCGCUUACAACUUCAUCACCAUGGGAGCUUACAGAGGAGGUCUCAACACUUUCGCCAUUGUCGGUCUGGCUUCGAAACCACUUCAUCUGUACGGAAAACCGACCUAUCAAUGCCAGUGGGUUCCGGACCUCAACUCCUCCGAACCCAUCUCCGGCGUCAGCUACAAGGUCCUUCCCGACUGGGGUUACGGGAGGGUCUACACUGUCGUCGUUGUUAACUGCACUUUCUCUGUUCCGGUGAACGCCGACAACUCUGGCGGGAAGUUAGUGCUCUACGCCUCCACAUCCGGCGGUGGCGACCGGAAUUUCAACAUCACGGACAGAAUCGAAGCUCUGACGGAAAUUCCGGGAAGCUUGGACGCCACCGUUUUCACUUCAAGUCCGAAGUACGACUACUUGUACUGCGGGUCAUCGUUGUACGGAACUCUCAGUCCUCAGAGAGUGAGGGAAUGGUUGGCGUACCAUGUGAGACUAUUCGGGCCGAGAUCCCACUUCGUGAUUCACGACGCCGGGGGGGUCCACGAGGAGGUGAUGGAGGUUUUGAAGCCGUGGAUGGAGUUGGGCUACGUGACAUUGCAGGAUAUCAGGGACCAAGAGAGGUUCGAUGGGUAUUACCACAACCAGUUCAUGGUGGUGAAUGAUUGCUUGCACAGGUACAAGUUCAUGGCCAAAUGGAUGUUCUUCUUUGAUGUGGAUGAGUAUAUUUAUGUGCCCCCCAAAAACACUAUCAAAUCUGUGCUCGAUUCGCUCUCCGAUUAUUCCCAAUUCACCAUUGAACAGAUGCCAAUGAGCAGUAAGCUCUGCCUCACCGAUGAUGCUGGAAGAACUUACAGGAGAUGGGGUUUUGAGAAACUUGUAUAUAGAGAUGUGAAAAAAGGAAUAAGGAGGGACCGCAAGUACGCGGUGCAGCCGCGAGCUGUAUAUGCCACGGGGGUGCACAUGUCGCAAAACAUAGGAGGCAAGACAACGCACAAGACGGAGGGCCGGAUCAAAUAUUUCCAUUAUCACGGCACCAUCGCAGUGCGCCGCGAACCCUGCCGGAACCUCCUCAAUUUGACACAGAUCACCUUUGAAAAAACCCCUUAUGUUUUGGACACAACAAUGCGUGACAUUGCUUUCACCAUCAAGAAAUUUGAGCUCAAAAUGAUCGGAUCCAGACUACAGAAGACUCGUCAAUGACAACCCCUUUUCUUUCUUUUGAUAGAUUUUUAUUUAUUUUCUUUUAUUUAAAUUUUUUUUUUCUUUUGCAUUUUAGUGAUGUGUUUAAUUCCUUGUUUAUUAUUUGUUCUAUAUGAUUAGAUUGACUUCUUUGUAGAAGGGUAAAUUCAUUGGGAGGUGGGUUCUUUCUUGUAUGAUAAUUUUUUUUUUUUUUUAAUUAAAAGUAUAGAGAUACAGCCAUACAGUAGAUGGUGGUGGGGUAUAUGAUUAAACAUAAGCUUUGAACAGAAUAUGAGAGCUGUUUGCACUUUGCAUUCAAUUUUUUAAUUUUUUUUUUCUUAGAAGUAUUCUGAUACUUUGUUUUUAGAAUAUAAUAAAAAAUGAGAGAUAAAUUUGGUUGAUUGGUUUU